UGGUGGAGACCCAGACAUCAAGAGGACUCACUCAGGGGUGUACUCUCUCUGUCGUUGUCAUCCACCUUCAUUCAUCCUCCUAGUGUAUUCAAAGCCCACCCAUGUGUAACAAGGUUUUACUGCAGAAAUUAAGUGUGGGCCAAGACACAUUCCCAUACCACAAAGAGUACGGAUUAACUGAAGGUUAUAGUGACUCUAUAGUGCUCUAGUGCUUCUAACAUAGUAACAUCAUCACAUCAAAAGUUGGCAGGGUAUUGCUACUCAUUACUGUGAUGCAACACUCAUUAUAGUCUAUGGAAAACCCAAAUUCAUUUUUAGAACCCCGACUACUCCAUGCAUUAUAUGCCAUUGUAAUACAUAAUUAGUACCUGUCUCAAUAAACUAAAAUAUAUCAACCUUGUAAUUAGACACAUCUCCCAGCAAGAUCAUCAUCUGUGUUAUCUUGUAAGAUCUAGUGCAGGAACUUCCGUGUUUUAACCUCCAAAGGCGGAAGGAAUUCCUUUGUAAUUACUGUAGCUACAUCCGACAUACUAUCUGAAGGUUGCUGCUGAUCCUGACAGGUAUAUAUAAAGAGCUCACCUCAGCAACGACUCUUAUUUCCCUCUUGAGAGAGAGUUUAGUGUCAUCCACAAUUACUUCUACCUACUGUUGCCCUAAACUCUUAACAGAAAAGUUAGAAGCACUAAGAUUAAUCACGACUGGGUCACUGGACUGAAUCGUCUACGUCGUAACUCAGUUUAUAUACAAUUGUUAGACGAGGUUGACUUAGAGACGAACAUUGAAGCAUUGUAUAGAGAGCUUCACUGUGGCGGAGAAAGGUUACUGUUUGCUCUUGUGUGGUCGUCUAGGAAUGGCACCCACCCCCACCAUGGAGCCUGUCGACGGCCAGGAAGACUGGCUACGCAUGGCACGUGAACAUCCCGUCAUGAGGAUGACCAGGAAUGACAAAGAAUUGGGCAUGGACUACGUGAACAUCCCACACGUUGUGGCUAUGGUUGGCUUGCCUGCCCGGGGUAAGACCUACAUAGCCAUGAAGCUGGCCAGGUAUCUCAACUGGGUCGGUCUACCCACCAAAGUGUUCAAUGUUGGGGACUACCGGCGCCAAGCUAUGGGCAGUUACCAGGGGCAUGACUUCUUCCAUCCAAGGAACAGAGAGGGCACCAACAUCAGAAACAAGUGUGCCCUUGAUGCUCUCCAGGAUGUGUGUGAGUUCCUGCAGUCAGGAGGGAUGGUGGCUGUGUAUGAUGCUACUAACACCAACCAGGAACGCCGUGAGCUUAUCCAUCAUGUUAUAUGUCAGAGGAUGGGCUACAAACUCUUCUUCAUCGAGUCUAUUUGUAAUGAUCCCAAAAUCAUUGAAACAAACAUUAUGGAGUGUAAGGUGACCAACCCAGAUUACACUAACAUGGAAAAGGAGGAUGCUGUGAAGGAUUUUCUCAAGCGUAUUGAGCACUACCGCUCGAUGUAUGAGAUGCUGGAUGAAGAGAAAGAGAGUCAGUACAGUUUCAUGAAGAUUUUUGAUGCAGGUCGCCGAGUUGUGGUGCACAAGCAAGAAGGUCACAUAGAGAGUCGCAUUGCAUACUACCUCAUGAACAUACACAUCACACCACGCUGUAUAUAUCUGACUCGGCAUGGUGAAUCAGUUUACAACCAGUUGGGGCGUAUUGGUGGUGACACAGAUCUGUCUCACCGCGGCAGACAGUAUGCAAAUGCUCUGGCUAAGUUCAUCUCCAGCCAGAACAUCCCCUGUCUCCGUGUGUGGACAUCCUGCAUGAAGAGAACCAUCCAGACAGCAUCUGGCAUCAGUGCACCUCAGGAAAGAUGGAAGGCUCUUAAUGAAAUUGAUGCUGGCAUUUGUGAAGGUCUGACGUAUGAGGAGAUACAAGAGCAGUACCCAGAUGAGUUUGCAGCUCGUGAUCAAAACAAAUGCUCGUACAGAUACCCACGGGGUGAAUCUUAUGAAGAUGUGUUAGUUCGUUUGGAGAGCGUUAUAAUGGAGCUAGAACGACAGGAGAAUGUCCUAGUGGUUGGCCAUCAAGCUGUUCUCAGAUGUGUCUUGGCAUACUUCCUUGACAAGAGUGCUGCUGAACUUCCAUAUCUGAAGGUUCCUCUGCACACAAUAAUUAGGCUCAUACCACAGGCAUAUGGAUGCAAAGUUGAGUUUUUCAAGAUUCCUAUUGAUUGUGUGGAUACACAUCGUGCUAAACCAGUAGACUGCAGCAUUGGAAGGAACCCCAAGGAUGCUCUCUACACCGUGCCUACCCACUUCUGAAUCCUGCACUGCCACUACUACUGCUAGCCAGCCGCCAGAUCAACAUCUCCACCUUCAAAAAAAACAAAAAAAAUCACCUAAUAUAUUCUAAUGGCACACCUAAAAAGCCUUCACAGGCCAUGACCCAGAAUACAAAAUUUUUCAUAAUAGUUUUGAUUUGGGGUCCUGUCUUUAUUGUAAAUUGAAAGAUUUCGAAAAUCAGCAACAUGUAUCAAAAUCCUUACUUUCAGAAUUAUAAGUGUAUAUGUUUUACUUACCAAUAAAAUUUCCUCUUUAUUAUAGUGAAAAUAUGGGGGUAGUGAUAAUGAUAUGAUAAUAGGAUGAUGGUGAUGAUAAUGACAUCAGUGGCCAGUAAUAUGUCAUUUUCAAAUGUCUUUUAAAAAUUAAAUUAUACAGUAGAAUGCAAAUGUAUUUUGUAAAAUAUGAUGACUUUUAAGACCUUGGAAAACCAUUUUUAUGAUAAAGAUUAAAGUAUUGCAUUAUAUAAAGUACAAGUAUUGUAAGAGAGCUUUGCGGAGAAAGUCUGUCAGCAUCACAUCACCUGCUGUAUGUAUGCAGAUUAAAUUGUAUUACCAGAUAGAGGUAUCCUUUAUUUUCAAUUACAGUGAUGCCCCCUUGUUUUCAAGUACAGUGGUACAGUACACUGUGUUUUCAAGUACUGUGAUACCCUGUGUUUUCACAUAUUGUGGUACAGUAUGCUGUGCUUUGAAGUACUGUGGUACCUUGUGUUUUCAGGUACUGUGGUACCCUGUAUUUCCAAGCACAGCGGUACCCUUGUUUUAAAGUACCGUGGUACCUUAUUUUAAAGUACUGUACUGUAUUGUACUCCUUAAUUUAAAGUAUAGUACUCUGGCACACUUGUCAGCUGCAGUGUAUACAAAAUUUUGUUUGAGAGGGUGUGAAAAAGGUGAAAGGAAUUUAUUUUUGUAGAAAGAGAACUUUAGUGUAUGUGGAAAACAACUCGCUGAUUAUAGGAGAAAUGGAGUACAAAUAGAGGUCACUAUGGCAGGUUUAUGUUAUUUAACGUGUGUUUAGGUAUAGUAAAUACAGCUGACCUUAUGAGUAAGAGGCUUAAAAUUAAUUCCUGUUAAUUAUGAGAGCAUACUUAGCAAUCCUACUUAUUUGUAAAAGUGUAGUUUGAACAUGAAAAUGGAUUUAAUUAUGGCUAGAUUCACUAAUUUGUGCUCUUUAAAAUUAAUUGUGAAGACUUGUGCAAGUUCAUGAAAUGCACAAGACUGCUCUUCCAGCUGGAAAAUAGAAUAGACACAGAAAUAUAACAGUAACCUUCAAUAUAACAGACCUUUGUAUAUCAGACUUUAGAAAUACAGAACAAAAUCAAUUGGAUCAGUUGAUUCAGAAACAAUGGACAAAGUUUAUUAGUUACAGAAUUGUCCACUAUUUUCCAUAUUAGUUCAUUAUAUUGAGAGUUUACUAUCCUAGGAUAUUUAGUUCAUUGUUUUAAACGGGAUGAAAACCCUAGCACUGGUAAGCCAGUAGAUGCUUAAUGUGUUUUUAGCACCAGUAACCCUGUACUUGCUUAUACGUUUUCUGAGUGGGUCUUCUGACAAGGACCCACGUCAGGAGACACUUCUCGGUUUCCAGACAAACAAAAUACCACCAACAUCUAGAAUAAAGAAAACAUUUUGUGUGUGUGAUGAUUGCUAAAGUUUCAGGUAUCUAGUAUUGAGGAUAAUUUUGCUUUGUACCAACCAGUUCAUAGUAUGUUAAUAUAUUUAGUCUUUUGAUAGAAGAGCUUAAUACUCAUCAUAGAGGUAUGUUAGGUGGCACAAAUGCUUCAUAGAAAAGGGUAGCAGUUCUGUUUUCUAAGGUGUUUCAACUGCAUUCAGUAAGUUUCCUCAGCAUAAUAAUUUAAUCUUGUGAUAAACUGUAUUUCAUUAAUCACAUAUAUACAAUUUAUUAUUUUUUAUUUUGUUAUUAAUACAGGGUUCCCAACUAACAAAUGGCCAAGUUGUGACGAUCCAUGAUUACCAUAUUAACGAGGUCUAUGAGAAAUAAUGUUAUGAAAUAAUUAUUUGUGGACAGAGAUGUACAGUGUCCAGCAUAAUAUGUAACAAACAUAAACACAUCUUUUGCACUAAUAUCUUCUUUAGGAAAAUCAGGUUAAUAUGAAAAACUAGUCUGCAAAUUGGAACACCAGGAACACAACUCAUUCGUUAGUGUGGUACCUCUGUAUUUGUUUUGUUGGCUGUCUUAUCUUUGCCCAUUUUUUUUGUACCCUAGUUUAUUCUUUUGCCCUCCUUGUUAAUAGUUUUGGCUAUCACAUCAUCAUUUCUUACAUUUUUCAUACAUGCAAUAUCAACAAACAUCUCCAGCUACAGAAAUUAACAUUAUAUAAAAUUCGUGAGGAUUUGAAAUUCCCAGGUAUGUAAGGUUUUCUUGAAUAUAAUAAUUAUUACUGCAUACAAUAACAAAAUUUAUAAUUUGUUCAUGUUACUUUUACACAGUUUUGAUGUAGGUGUUAGUAUAGCUUGAGUCCCUAAACACACUUGGAUAUGCAGAAGCUCUACUUGAAAGGUGUUCUGGGGGUCAACGCCCCCGAGGCUUGGUCCAUGACCAGGCCUCGCGGUUGAUCAGGACCUGAUCAUCUAGGCUGGGUGGUCAGGUACUGACUUUAGGUGCCUGUCCAGCUCCCUCUUGAAGACAGCCAGGGGUCUAUUGGUAAUCCCCCUUACGUAUGCUGGGAGGCAGUUGAACAGUUUUAGGCCCCUGACACGUAUACAGUAUAUUCCUAUAUGUGUAUACAGUAUAUACCUGUACAUGUAUACAGUAUAUACCUGUACAUGUAUACAGUAUAUACCUGUACAUGUAUACAUUAUAUACCUGUACAUGAAGCUUCAGAAGGCACAGUUAUAUGAUAGCAAUAUACGUAUAGGUUUUUGCAUUUUUUGUGCUAGUUAGCAGUGUUGUCUAUGGAGAGGUGUGUUUUGUAAGACAAUAGUUUCAAAAAAAUACUUAAAAGAGCAGAGUGGAGGCAUACACUGUAUUUGUAAAGAAUGAACACCACACAAAGUUUAAUAUAAAUUUGUAUAGCUGGUUAAAAGUUGUAGUCAAAUAUUCAUUAUGAAAAUGAUGUUCGUCUCUGAGCAAGGGUGUUGACGAACCUGCUAGUUCCCCAGGAAGAUGUCACUUAACCCGUAAACGGUCCAAGCAGAUCUACGUUCACAUGUGUAGUCGCUACAAAAGUAGAUCUACGUUUUUUUUUAUAUAUUUUCAAAUAUAAAAUAACAAAAAAAAAAAGUAGAUCAAAGUUUUUUUUACACAUUUUCAAAUGUAGAAAAACAAAAAGAAGAUCUGCUUUUUUUACAUACUUUCAAACGUUGAAAAAACGUAUAUAUACGUUUGGACCGUUUACGGGUUAAUUUAUGUCUUGUUCCUUGGGACAGAAAAAUAUAAAUUUCACUGUAUUUAAACAUUAAUACACAUUCUUAUUGUUUGAACUUGUUAGAUAUUUUAUUGUAUAAUGUACAUCAGCACAAAUUGCUUUUAUAAACAAUUGAAUAAGCUCAGUCAGUGUGAAAAGUUGUAUGGAAAGCCUAUUCAAAAAAAAUUCCAAAACUUUGGGACCUUUUUCCUUCAAGUUUCCAAUUCUUUGAUAAUUAAGUUUGACUGCUCUUAUUAAUUUUUUUAUUGACAAAUUGUAUUAAGUGCUGCAUAUAUUGAACAGUCAGUUAUGGGAUUUUUUUUUUUUAUAGUAGAGUGAAAAAGUAUGGAAGCAAUAAAACAUUGAUUACUUAUUACAGUGGAACCUCAAAUAUCGAACUUUCUUCGGUCCAGAAGGCUGUUCGAGUGCCUUUACCGAAUGAAUUUAUUCCCAUCAGGAAUAAUAUAAAUUAGAUUAGUCCAUUUCAGACACUCAAAAAUACACUUAUAAAAGCACUUACAAAAAUACACUUACAUAAUUGGUUGUGUUGGAGCAGUUCGAUUUUUGAGGUUCCACUGUAUAUGCAUUAUUUAACACUCUGGAGGAGCAGUAACUUAGGUUUACUACUGUGUGACAAGUUGUCAGCUGUUAAAUAAUAACAACACAUUUUCUUUCUGAGCUGCUGAGAUGUAAAUUGGGCAGUCUCACAUUUCUCACCAGUUUGAGUUUAGUGCACUAAACUCAUUUUUCAUGGUCACUGUCUCAAUCAAAAAAGUAACAGUGCCGCUGAAUGUGCUUCCAUCUGCCGAUAAGGAAAAUAGACAUAUUUUUUAAUUGCUUGAGUGUGAAUCCCCCUUUCAGUACUGGUAUCACAUGGGCUAGCCCACUUGACUUCUAAGUAGUUCACACAGCAACUUUUACUCACUGUGUACACUUAAGUGCAGAGAUGAGUCCCAGUCAUCAACACAGUUACUAGUUUUAAGUGGAGGCAAAUGAGUUACACAUUUUUUUAAAUAAUGACAACACAUUACACAAUUCCUACCUACUAGGCUUUGUGUAACUACCUUUAAGAUAUGUAUUUAUUUCACUUACAUGUAUUUUUUUUUUAAUUUCUUGCUUAAAUCAUUAAGCAAUAAAUUUCAUUUUUUUAUUAUGAGUUUUUAUAUAUAAUAUACAGUACUGUAUAAUUAAAAUUUUAUUCAAA